CCGCUACUUAAUCCAAGAUGGCGCGAAUAUUUAAAUGCGCGCGCAUAUUGUUACUGUCGUUCGUCUUUGUUGUAGAAAAAAAAAAUAGUCACUGAGAAAUUAUAACACGAUAAGAAGUGUUGAUUCAAUUGAAUAUUUCAUUUUCAUAAUGUAGAAUUUAAAUAAAGUUGAUAAGUUUAAAAAUUUAUUGUGUAACAUAAAUUUUUAAAAAUACAAUUUCAUAAGUUUUAAUUUUUUAGUUAACUUUGGUUGAUUUUUUUUUUUUUUUUCUAUAUUUUGUAUUUUACUCAAUAUUUGUAUACUCAAUAUAUACAUAUAAAUGAUUUAAAAAACUCGACACUAUCAUUGUAUUCGAUAUGACAAAUAAUUAAAAAUAAAUAAUUUAUUUAAUCAUUGUUUAUUCAACAAUUCGUAUCAAUCAACGAUGGACAACAUCGCAGGAAUAUUCAAGGCCAUGUACUGCGGUUUUGUGGACAGUUUGAAGGGAGCAAUAGUACUUUUCUAUAUGGACAAACAAAUAAAUGAACGUAUACUUAAAAAUUCACCUGCUAAAAUUUCGCAACAUGUAAAAAAAGAUGGAUUUAAUAAUUCACCAGUUAAAUUUAAAGAACCGAGAGAAUCGAAAAUAUUGAAACGAACAAUUCAGUGCUGCGCAUUGAAUGGAGGAGUAUUUUGGGCCAGUAUAUUAAUAUUUGAAUGUGGAUUGCUGCCGUCUUUAAAAUAUUUAUUAACAAUAAUAUUUGGGCACUCGCCGGGAAUGGGAAUGGCCGUAUGGUCCUGGACAAAGCCAUUUCUGUCAUUGACAUUCGGCACCGUAUGGGUGCUGCCAUUAUUUUUAUUAAGUCGGAUUGUCAAUAGUCUUUGGUUUCAGGAUAUAGCGGACAGUGCAUACCGACACCGACAAGGCAGACCGUUAUUACUGUCAAGUGUGAGUAAAUUAGUGGCAGAUACAUUAUUUAGUAUCCUGGUGCAGGCGUUAUUUUUGGGGCAAGGUAUGCUUGUGUCUAAAGUACCUCUCCCACCAAUUGGGGAACUUUUAGCUCUCAUCCACAUGUGCCUUUUGUAUGCUCUCUAUGCCUUUGAAUACAAAUGGUUCAACAUGGGAUGGGAAUUACACCGUAGACUUACAUUUAUCGAGGGUAAUUGGCCUUAUUUCGUAGGCUUUGGAUUACCAUUAGCUGUAUUAACUCAAUUACCUAAUUCUUAUGUAAUAAGUGGCUGUGUAUUUUCAAUCUUAUUUCCGUUAUUUAUUGUAAGUGGGAAUGAAGCUCAACCUGUCACUGGUGUAUGUGACUGCCCAUUAAAAUUAUUUUCACCGGUCAUCGCAAUAGCCAAUACACUAUUCAAUAAAACAAUCGGACCUGUCAAUCGACGAUGACCUUCACUACGAAAUAAAUAAAUCCUUAAUUAUUUACAAUUAAUUAUUAAUUACUAUUAAUCACCGCAAUGUAAAUAAAAUCGAUUUAAUACAAUAGCUAUAAAUUUUA